AAAGGCGCGGCGGGCAGCAGAGGGUGGACUCAGUGGUAGAGCGCGGCACCGGCGCUGCGUGGCCAGGAGCGAUCGCCGAGGGCUCGCACAGGACACUGAACGCCGGGCAACGGGCACCAGACGGCGUUGCUUUUGCGUUCCCCUCACUCCAGCCAGCGCACUGCGGGCCACCCACGCUCGGUCCCCGCGCAUCCCGGGCUCCCGAUGGUCCCCGAGGCCAGGGCGUCCCCGCGCCCGCUGCUGCUCUGGGCGGCGCUGCUGCUGCUAGCGGUGCUGCUCCCGGUAGCUUCCUUGGAGGGGCCCCCAGUUGACCACCCACUGAAGCCAAGGCAUGUGAAACUGCUGUCCACUAAAAUGGGCCUGAAGGUCACGUGGGACCCACCCAACGAUGCUACCAGUAGACCCGUGGAGCAUUACAACAUUGCCUAUGGGAAGUCACUGAAAAGUCUUAAGUACAUCAAGGUGAAUGCGGAGACGCACUCCUUCCUUAUUGAGGAUGUGGAGCCAGGGGUGGUAUACUUUGUGCUGGUCACUGCAGAGAACCCCAGCGGAGUGAGCCGCCCCGUUUACAGAGCUGAGAGCCCACCCGGAGGUGAAUGGAUCAAGACUGAUGGUUUUCCUAUUAAGGGUCCAGGACCAUUUAAUGAGACCGUCACAGAAAAGGAAGUGCCCAACAAGCCUUUGCGGAUGCGCAUCCGAGCCUCAGACGACAGACUGUCCGUUGCAUGGAGGGCGCCACGCCUGUCCGGAGCCAAGAGUCCACGCAGAUCUCGUGGUUUUCUUCUGGGCUAUGGGGAAAGUGGCCGGAAGAUGAAUUAUGUCCCUUUGACCAGAGAUGAGAGAUCACAUGAAAUUAAAAAGCUCGCCUCUGAGUCGGUGUAUGUGGUCUCCCUACAGUCCACGAACUCCCAGGGGCAGAGUCAGCCUGUCUAUAGGGCUGCCCUCACAAAGCGCAAGAAAUCAGAAGAGGAUGGCCUGGAUGUGCCUGAAGACAUCAGUGUCAGGGUUAUGUCAUCUCAGUCCGUGCUCGUGGCCUGGGUGGAUCCUCUUGUGGAAAAACAGAAGAGAGCUGUUGCAUCAAGACAGUACACAGUGCGCUACCGCGAGAAGGGGGAGUCGGCCAGGUGGGAUUACAAGCAAGUCUCUAACAGGCGUGUACUGGUGGAUGGCCUGAUCCCAGACACAGUGUAUGAAUUCGCAGUCCGGAUCUCACAAGGUGAACGAGACGGCAAGUGGAGUGCAUCCAUCUUCCAGAGAACACCGGAAUCUGCUCCCACCACAGCGCCUGAGAACCUGAGGGUGAGGCCAGUCAGUGGCAAGGCCACAGCUGUCACUGUAUCCUGGGAUGCGCUGCCAGAGUCCGAGGGGAAAGUCAAAGAAUACAUUCUUUCAUACGCCCCGGCUCUCAAACCAUUCGGAGCAAAGUCCCUCACCUUCUCUGGACACACUACUUCCGCCUUGGUGGAUGGUCUGCAGCCUGGGGAACGCUAUCUGUUCAAAAUCCGGGCCACAAACAGGAGAGGCCCCGGGCCGCACUCCAAAGCCUUCAUUGUCGCUAUACCAACAACCAGUUCCACUGAGGCCAGUGCCCAGCCGAAUGGGAGGGACAGUUGGAAACCCGAGAAACCUCAGCCUUCUUUCCCCGCUCCCAAAGCUGCAGCUUCCUCAGAACACAGGACCCCAGCCAAAAAUGCCAAGGAUGCUCUCCCUGACUUAAAGAACAAAAUCCUGGCUAAUGGUGCAGUGCCCAGGAAAACUCAGCUUCACCCUAAAAUGGAAGAGCCGGAUCCUCAGUCUACAGAAGUCACUGGUGAGGAGGAACUGGAUUCCCUUGAGGAUCCUGGCUCAUCAAGGUUGGAGACCCUAGACCAGAGGCGACCCCUGAGGGUACCAAGUAGAUCUGGUCAUUGGGUUCCAGCUCCUGGGAGGACUCCAGCAAGGCCAGGCCUGUCAGUGCUGCCUGGCAAGGAAGGGAUUGACAAGCGUGGCUCCUCGCUGGCCACCAACCCUCGUCCGGGGGUUGAACCUUCAGUGGCAGCUUCUUCUGCCUACGGCCGUUUCAGCUCCACGGACAAUGAUUCUAUGGACCUAGAGAAGGAUGAUCAAGCAGGCUCCCCUAACCUCAAGGCUGUUUCUUCACAGGCAUCUCCCAAGAAUCCAGGCGCCUCCCAGCCAACCCCAGUCUCUACCCGCCAUGCGGCUUCUAAUGUGCUCAGGGACAAAAGCCGCUUGCACCCGGGUGCAAAAACAUCAUCAUCGUCAGCCAGCCACUCCCAUUCUUCCACCAGUGAGGAAGACGCCAGCACUGCAGUCCAACCCUCCAGACAUUUCCCACUGCACAGAGGAUCCUCUCGACCUCUGCUGCCCUCCCAUCCACACUCCAGAUCCCCUCUUUCUAGCGGCGGGAAGGAUCGCCAUGAUGUCCCUGCCUCUUCUCACCCCUCUUUGCUGACACAGGGCUCUGAGGAAGAGGACAUGACUGACGCUGGAGGAGGUAGUGAUAGGGCCGAAGAAGACACCAGAGGGCGGGCUGAAGCCACUGCUCAGACGCAGCAGACCCGGCCUGCCUUGAGACACUUCAGUUUGAUACGGAGAAAGCCCAUUACUGCCCACAACAGGGAUCCUAACAGACUUCCCCGAUUCCGGGGACUAAGGCCCCAGCCCUCUGGGUCUCCUCAGUCUACCUCAGCUUCCAAAGUCCUCACCAGGGCUCCUUCGCAGCCAGCAUCUCACACUAGGCCUGGUUCUGAUGUUUAUGGAGAUGGCGAGGAUGAAGAACCACUUCCGGCUACUGUGGUCCACGACCGUGAUCAUACACCGCCCUCCUCCAGGCACCCGGACUCUGGACGCUGGGAUACCCUAAGAAGAGGCCCCCAAAGAGGGGCCAGUUUGUACCGGAAAGAGCCCAUCCCAGAAAACUCCAAAGCUGCUGGAGCAGAUGUACAUCCUGGAGGCAAAUCCCCCGUGACUUCUAAGGCACAAGACUUUCAACAGAGCACUAAGGAUGGUCCUCAAACAUCCCCAGAGGCUACCAGCCGCCAGCCGUCCCCUGCUCGGCCCCCAGUAUCAAGAUCCCAGCUCUUCUCUGGGUCCACUGUUCCCAGAAGAACAGCACCUGGUCGCAGUUCAGAGCCCUCUAGUUCUCAGAGCAAGGACCAUGAUCGGUCACUUGCCCAACGCAAGCCGUCCGCUGCUCACACAGGGCGUGACCGCCCACACACGGCAAACUCCCGUGGGGUGCUCCCCUCGGCUUCCCAGAAUCAGAAUGAGGCUUCCCAGAGCAGCUAUGAGGACAACAGCACUGAAAUCGAGGGCCCAGAUUCCCAGGCUCCCGCCCACUCGGCCCGCACCAAGGAUGCCGCCCCAUCCAUUUUCAAACCUCGGCAGGUGGGCUCCCACUCAGGGAAUGGUGACAGCAAACCUCAGCCCAGCCACACAGGGGCCUCUGUGAAACCCAGCCGGCCUGGCAACAACCAUCCCCGGGCUCAGGUUCCCGGAAGGGCUGGGGUCCAGGACACCCCAGCGAAGAAGAGCUCACCUUCCAAAAGUCUCCUGCCACCCGAAUUUCAACAGUCAGUCUUCACUGAAGAGGAGGAGGAGAGAGAGGACAAUGAAGGGAUUUUAAAAGGCAAGGAAGACUCUCUGUCUACCUCAGUUUCAAAGUGGCCUUCCUCCUCCUCCUCCUUCCCCCCCAGGGACAAGCACGCAGACAGGAACCUUGAAGAAGACAAGGCUGCUACUGGGCUGGCUCCUCAGGGAGGAAGCCUUAUGCAGGAAGAGACCACCAUCGCUGGAAGGCGGCCACCUGCAGGCAGCCCCCCAAUAGCCUCUCACCCCUCUACCCGGUACCAGCCUCGAAACCCUGCCACCACAAGUCCAAUCGCAAACACCCAGUCCUGGCCAAGGUACACCACCCGCGCCCCUCCCAGCUACUCCUCCACGACACCUAUGCUCUCCUUGCGCCAGCGGAUGCAGCGCAGGUUCCGGACCCCAGUCUCGCGCCAGCCCCCGAGGCCCAUGCUUACUUCAGGUAAUAACGGAAGAUCAAAUGUAGAAGAGACCUCACCUCCUGGUAGUAUUGGAAAACCAAAGGGACAAAGAAUUAUCAAUGGCCCUCAAGGAAAAAAGUGGAUUGUGGACCUGGAUCGUGGCUUGGUGCUGAACACGGAAGGGAGAUACCUCCAAGACUCGCAUGGCAAUCCUCUCCGGGUGAGACUCGGGGGAGAUGGUCGCACCAUCGUGGAUCUGGGAGGAACCCCUAUGGUGAGUCCCGACGGCCUCCCCCUCUUUGGGCAGGGGAGACAUGGCAAACCUCUGGCCAGUGCCCCGGAUAAGCCCAUCUUAAGUCUCGGAGGCAAGCCCUUAGUGGGCUUGGAGGUCAUCAAAACAACCACCCAUCCUCCUACCACAACCGUGCGGCCAACCACAACGACCACCACAACCACAACCCCUCAGCCCACAACCACCACCACCCACCGGACCACCACCCGCCGGACCACCACCCGCAGGACCACCACUACCAGGCGCCCGACAACUACAAGCCGAGCAGCUCGGAGGACAACUACCACUACCACCACUCCAGAACCUACCACUCCUUCUCCCACAUGUCCCCCUGGGACCCUGGAAAAGCAGGAUGAAGCCGGAAACCUUAUAAUGGGCUCAAAUGGAUUCCCGCAGUGCUUCCCCGAGGAAGAUGACUUCUCUGGCCUGGAGACUGACACGCCACCCCCCAUAGAAGAGGACUACGUUGUCUAUGAUGACGAUUAUGGAUUUGAGACCACGAGGCCACUGACCAGCACAAUGCCUUCGACAACUGCUGCCACACCGAAGGUCAUCCCAGAACAAGGCACGGUCAGCUCCUUCCCAGAGGAGGAAUUUGAUCUGGCUGGGAAGAGACGAUUUGUUGCGCCUUACGUGACAUACCUCAGUAAAGACCCAUUGGCACCGUGCUCCCUGACUGACGCUCUGGAUCACUUCCAAGUGGAAAGCCUGGAUGAACUCAUUCCAAACGACCUGACGAAGAAUGACCUGCCGCCUCAGCACGUUCCCCGAAACAUCACUGUGGUUGCCAUGGAAGGCUGCCACUCUUUUGUCAUUGUGGACUGGAAUAAAGCCAUCCCCGGAGAUGUGGUAACAGGAUACUUGGUCUACAGCGCCUCUUAUGAGGACUUCAUCAGGAAUAAAUGGUCAACUCAGACGUCGUCAGUGACCCAUUUGCCCAUUGAGAACCUGAAGCCAAACACAAGAUAUUACUUCAAAGUGCAAGCCAAGAACCCUCAUGGCUAUGGGCCAGUCAGCUCUUCCGUCUCAUUUGUUACAGAAUCAGACAAUCCUCUGCUUGUUGUGAGGCCACCAGGUGGCGAACCCAUCUGGAUCCCAUUUGCUUUCAAGCAUGACCCUGGCCACACCGACUGCCACGGUCGGCAGUACGUGAAGCGGACGUGGUACAAAAAAUUCGUGGGGGUCGUUCUUUGUAAUUCACUAAGGUAUAAGAUCUACCUCAGUGACAACCUCAAAGACACAUUCUACAGCAUUGGAGACAGCUGGGGAAGGGGCGAAGACCAUUGUCAGUUUGUGGAUUCACACCUGGAUGGGAGAACAGGCCCUCAGUCUUACAUAGAAGCCCUCCCCACCAUUCAAGGCUACUAUCGCCAGUACCGCCAGGAGCCUGUCAGCUUUGGCCACAUUGGUUUUGGAACCCCCUACUACUAUGUGGGCUGGUACGAGUGUGGCGUUUCCAUCCCAGGAAAGUGGUGACCACAGGACCGGCCUGCUGCGAGUUCCCCAUCCCAGCCUGUUUGACUACCUUGCACUAGGGACUGUGGGCAAAAGAGAGACGGUGUUCCAAGCCCGCUGCCCCAGCGGAUCAGGAGGCCACAGGGUGGACGCAGGGCAUCUGGUCCUCUUCAGUCAGAAAUUGGCCACAUUUCUUGGUCUGGACUAUAAGUGCAAUUCAGUUUUGCUGGAACUUCACUUCUCUGUGUGUUGUUUAUCCGUAAUCACACAUUCCAGAGACGGCAACCCUGGAGCACAUCCAGUGUGAUUUCCAGACUCUUCCGGCACAAAAUUUGGACUCUGCGGGAUCUCUGGGGAGCAGCACUGGUGUGUUGUGCUUGCUUCACAGAAUGCUUUCUGCUCUUCUCAUCUUCAAAUCAGCUGAGUUUCAGCUUCACCCCUCUUUGUGUGAAGUAGAAUUGAAUCACCAAAAGUACCAGAGAAAACAUACUC